UUUGGUAGUACUAAUAAUGAUGGAAAUGGAAAGAUUGCACAAGUGGCAGACAAUUGAUGCGGAAGGGAUGAUAGCGUCAACGGAAUAUUGAAAGAGGCGAUGACGUCGUAAUUCUAAUGAGUCCACCAAAUGAGGCGCUGCCGCUAUUAAGUAUUAAUAUUUAGAGCGAAACUUCACCUGACACUCACUCUCUGCUAAGUGCUAAGUGCGAACUUCCCAUACCAAAAACCACCAUGCUAGCUUACCUCGACGCCGAAUCAACCCAACACCCCGACGCCGGAAUAGCCAACAAGGACUUCGGCGGCAUCAACUCCGCCAAACCCUUCGCCCUCAUCAGGCCCUCCGCCGCCGCCCACGUCGCCCGAGUCGUCCAAUUGGCAGCUGCCUCGCCUAGUCUGACGGUGGCGGCGCGCGGCAACGGCCACUCCGUGAACGGGCAGGCCAUGGCGGAGCAGGGCCUGGUUCUGGACAUGCGCUCCAUGAAGGAGAAGGAGCCUUUCCAGAUUCUCUGGGUAGAAGGCGCGCCCUGCGUGGACGUUUCGGGAGGGGCAUUAUGGGAAGACCUCCUUAAACGCUGCGUUUCGGAGUUCGCACUCGCCCCGAGGUCCUGGACGGAUUAUCUCAGUUUAACGGUUGGCGGGACGCUCUCCUACGCUGGCGUCAGCGGUCAAACAUUCCGUUACGGUCCUCAGACAUCCAACGUAACGGAAUUGGAGGUUGUAACCGGAAAAGGCGAAACGCUGUGCUGCUCCCAAACGCAAAACUCUGAGCUUUUCUUCGGAGCGCUUGGUGGUUUGGGACAGUUCGGUAUUAUUACAAGGGCCAGAAUCCUUCUUCAAGAAGCUCCAGAUAUGGUGAGGUGGAUAAGAGUGGUUUACUCUGAAUUUGAGGACUAUGCCGGGGAUGCAGAGUCGCUGGUGCAAUUAGAGAAAUGUUUUGAUUACGUGGAAGGCUUCGUUUUCGUGAACAAUGAGGACCGGGCCAAUGGAUGGCCCACGGUGCCGUUGGGCCCGGAACAGCUGUUCGACCCGCUUCGUAUUCCUUCCAGUGCUGGCCCUGUUUUGUAUUGCUUGGAGGUCGCUCUUCACUAUCGUAAAACGGAUCUUCCUUCCCGUGUUGAUACGGAUGUGGGUCGAAUGCUUGGACGGUUACGAUUCAUUGAGGGUCUCAAGUUCGAGGUGGAUGUGACGUACAUGGAGUUCUUGCUACGUGUAAAGCGUGUGGAGGAGCAAGCAAAAGCAAACGGCACCUGGGAUGCACCUCACCCUUGGCUCAAUCUGUUCGUCUCCAACUCCCACAUCCUUGAUUUUGAUCGUGAGGUCUUCAAGAAGAUUCUCAAGGACGGGGUCGAUGGCCCCAUUUUAGUCUACCCGCUCCUGCGAAACAAGUGGGAUAGUCGUCACUCUGUGGUGGUGCCGGACAGCGAUAUCUUCUACAUAGUAGCGUUGCUCCGAUUCAGUCCAGCACCCCCAAAGGGCCCACCAGCGGAGCUCUUGGUGGCGCAAAACAAUGAGAUUAUAGAGUUCUGCACCCGCAGAGGCCUUGAUUUCAAGCUAUACUUUCCUCACUACCACUCACGGGAGGAUUGGAUCAAACACUUUGGGAAUCAAUGGCCCAGAUUUUUGGAGCGAAAGGCCACUUUUGAUCCCCUGGCUAUCCUUGCACCAGGGCAGAAAAUUUUCUCUAGAACCUCUCAACCUCAUUCUAUCAUAUAAUAAUAUACCUGUUAUCCCUUGUAUUAA